AAAUCAUCACGCCACCAUCGUGAGUCUUCAAACCGUCAUACUCGAUUGCAGGCGAUCAAGUGUCUUGCAGCCGUGGCAUGGGAGGCGAACCAGCCCCUGAGCAUCGAGCAGAUCGAGGUGGCUCCCCCGAAAGCCCACGAGGUGCGGAUAAAAAUCCACUCGACUGGGGUAUGCCACACGGACGCCUCGACCUUAUGGGGUGUCUCGCCCGAAGGCCCCGGUGGCCUGUUUCCGACCGUCCUGGGUCACGAGGGUGCUGGCAUCGUCGAGAGUGUCGGCGAAGGAGUCACGAACGUUCAACCGGGGGACCACGUGAUUCCAUUGUGCAUGCCUUGGUGUGGCGAAUGCCGUGCGUGCAGAUCGGGGAAGACAAACCUGUGCGGGAAGCUAUGGAAGUUGAUGGGGACGGGGGUGCUCCUCGAUGGCACCUCCCGGUUCACCUGCAAGGGGAAGAUCCUCCAUCACUACAUGGGCACCUCUACCUUCUCCCAAUACACCGUCGUUCCUGAUAUCUCAGUCGUCAAGUUGAACGACUCGGCCCGCCUGGAUCGGGUGUGCCUGCUGGCCUGUGGCAUCCCCACCGGGUAUGGCUCACCUCUGAACGAGGCCAAGGUAGAGGAGGGAUCUACGGUCGCUGUCUUCGGACUGGGCGCCGUCGGCCUCGGUGCUGUCAUGGGAUGUAGGAAAGCCAAAGCCAAACGCAUCAUCGGCGUUGACAUCAAUCCGAGAAAGUUCGACAUCGGGGAGAAAUUCGGUUGCACGGAGUUCGUGAAUCCGGAGGACCAUGCAGGCCGUCCCAUUCAAGAGGUUCUGGCCGAAAUGACGGACGGAGGAGUGGACUUCUCCUUUGAAUGCGUUGGAAAUGUUCAGGCCAUGGCAAGUCUUCAUCGCGAGGCGAAUCCCGCCUUUAAACGGGCAGCCCUGGAUUGCGUGCAGAAAGGUUGGGGCGUGGCGACCAUCAUCGGAGGCGCAGGGAAGGGGGUGGAGCUCGCCUUCCCUCCUAUCCAACUCCUCUUCGGACGCAAGCUCAGAGGAGCCAUCUUCGGAGGUUACAAAAGAGAUGAUCUGCCGGAGCUGGUGGAGGAAUACCUGAGAGGGGAACUCAUGGUGGACGAAUUUGUCACCCAAGAACUCAAGCUGGAGGAAAUCAACAAGGCCUUCGAUUCCCUCCGUGACGGCAUCGGGUAAAUUUCUCGUCCUUUUCACUUUCACUAUUUGGUAUGUUGUGGUGUCCUCCUUGUAUAUUCUUUAUUCUCCUUCCUCUCUCUCCGUUCUCUCUCUCUCUCUCUCUUUGCGCUCUCUGUUCCCUGAGGCAGGACUUUGCCCAAGAGCUCCUUAUUUAUUCCCUUUGUAGCGUGUUGUUUUUAUGUUUACACAUCAUUUUAUUCUUUAUUCGUUCAAUUUCACGUGUAUUGUUAAAAAAAAAAUCAAAUUCCAUUUUGGGACCGUGACCAACCAAUGACACCUUGUUUUUCAAGCGUUUCCUUUGUAACAUCCCCUAUCAUGCACUCGCAGCAAAAGAACAUCUCGAGCGUGACCUACAAAACGUUAAAGUAAGCAUGAGGGAUGAAUGAGAUGCGCUCGUCACGGUAGAAGGAGUCGAACGUUAUCUGAGCCUCAAGCGUGGUACGUAGUAAAUGGUUCAGGCAGAGCAUUUAAUUAAUUUAUGAAAUGCAGGCACUCGAUAUCCAGAAAGCCUUCCUACUGUGCAUAGAAUAUCUAGAAGCACAAAAAUGCACGAAAAACGCUUUCGAACUUGGUCCCUUUCCCAGAUGAAAGCAAUUAUUCGGCAAAGGGCAAUCUCCCUUGGUCCGUUUCCGCGUGUUCAUUAUUUGCACUGCUUUAUACGCCUCGUAUAGGUAUAUUGCAGUGUGCAAUGGCAACCGGUUUCAGCAGCUGAUCUGAUAUUUUCAUGUUUAAUGCUCAAGGUUUUACAUCCUGUCAAGGGAGACACAAAUAUAUUCUAUUUCACUUUUGGAGCAUCUCGGUUUCAAAUUAAUCGGGGGAAAAGUAUGCCGAAAGAAGAGAAAGAAAUCUCGAAAAAAAAAACUGAGAAAUAGCAUUUACGAAGUAAGUCUUGGAGCUUCGGUCGAUAGCCAGUAACCAUGAUAACCAUGACAAAAAUUUUCUCUCUGAUCUUUCUGAUUAACCCAUUCCCUCGCGUGACCUUCAGGCCGCCUGCCAAUGAUCAGGAAAUUCUCGACGUCAUAGCAUGUCAGCGGCAAGUCGAGUCGGUAUUGAGCUUUAAAAACUGCAAGUCUUCCCAGUGAAGUUUGCUGCAGGCGAAAGGUUCAGUGAAACAUUCAAUAUAUGUUCUGCAAUCUCUUAUUGGUAUUCUUUCAAGGGUGGACAGUUGAAUCAAAAACCUAGGAGCAGCAGAUAUGGCCAAAAUUAGACAGCUAUAGCACAGUUUGCAGUGAAAAAAUUGAUGUAACGAAUGCUUUGUCGGGUAAAUGUGCGCUAUUAAACCUUUACAAUUUACGUAUUGUAUGCUCAAAAAGAAAUUUGGAC